CUGUGCUCCGUAGUCGGCGAGGAGUUCACCCACCCACCCUGUCUACGCAAGGGCGACCUCUAUAUAAUGAGCUCAUAACCAUGGCUCUUUCGCUGGAUAGAAGGCAAUGGUUUUUGACUAAUGGAUUGUGGGUGCCGUCAAGAUCAAACCAAGAAUCAACAAGGCCCAGACGGGCGUCGAGACGGCUGGCGUCAAGCACUCGCUGAACCCCUUCGAUGAGCUCUCCGUGGAGGAGGCGGUGCGUCUCCGCGAGCGCAAAGGUCCUUUAAAGGUGGAAAACAUCCUGGCGCUCUCCGCGGGCGGUGCUAAAUGUGGCGACACCCUCCGUACGGCCAUGGCGAUGGGCGCGGACCGGGCCUUCCACGUCGACGUGCCGGACUCCAACGACGGCGGCCUGGAACCGCUGACCAUGGCCAAGAUGCUCAAGGGUGUUGUGCAGAAGGAGAACAUCAACCUGGUGUUGCUUGGAAAGCAGGCGAUUGAUGGCGACCAGGGCCAGACGGGUCAGAUGCUUGCGGGACUUUUGGGGUGGCCACAGGCGACGCAGGCCAGUAAGGUGGAUAUCAAGGAUGACAAGGGCACGGUGGAGAUCACCCAUGAGGUGGAUGGAGGAGUUGAGACGCUCCGGACCCAGCUGCCCAUGGUGAUCACGACGGAUCUGCGAUUGAACGAGCCGCGGUACGCGAGCUUGCCGAACAUUAUGAAGGCGAAGAAGAAGCCAUUGGAGAAGAAGACAUUGGCCGACUAUGGCGUGGAGGACCAGAAACGGUUGAAGACGCUCAAGGUGACUGAACCCCCAGCGCGACAAGGUGGCGGCAAGGUCGAGGAUGUGGACGGCCUGAUCUCCAAGCUCAAGGAACUUGGAGCUCUGUGAGAUAGCAUUAUUGACUAAUGUAUGUUUACUUUUUUUUCUUCUAACUGGCACUUAUAAAUUAUUGUUCGACAUGAGGUGUAUAGCAAAUGAAGCAUCAUUGGAACUAGUACCCGGCGGGAACACACGGGACGGCACGAAACCAAGGAUCAAGAAAUCCAUACUAUCUAGACGAACUACGGAGUACUCUGUGCAUAGUUGCGCAUAGUCUAGCGAGAUAUGGAGUAGUCGGAGUCAAA